CAUGUGACUCAAGGAAGUGAUGAAACAGGAAGUAGAACCCUCCUCAACAGGAUCUACACUGAGCUCUACAUCACAGAGGGACAGAGUGAAGAGGUGUACACCCAACAAGAGGUGAGACAGCUUGAGACAGACUCUAAAAAGAAGACCCUCCAUGAGACUCCAAUCAAGUGUCAGGAUAUCUUUAAAGCCUUACCCGACCAACAGAACCAAAAGACAGAAGCUCAACCCGACCAACAGAAACAAAAGACAAAAGCUCAACCCGACCAACAGAAACCCAUCAGAGUGGUUCUGACAAACGGGGUCACUGGUGUUGGAAAAUCCUUCUCAGUGCAGAAGUUCACUCUGGACUGGGCAGAGGGCUCAGAGAACCAAGACGUCAGUCUGGUGAUCCUGCUUUCAUUCAGGGAGCUGAACUUGAUCAGAGAUAAGCGGUACAGUCUUCUUGAGCUGCUCCGUGUUUUCCAUCCAACAUUACAGAAGGUCACAGCAGAGACGCUCGCUGUCUGUAAACUGUUGUUCAUCUUUGACGGCCUGGAUGAAAGCAGACCGUCGUUGGACUUUAAAAACAGGGAGGUUGUGUCUGAUGUCACAAAGAAAUCAUCGUUAAACACACUGUUGACAAACCUCAUCAAGGGGAAUCUGCUCCCCUCAGCUCUCAUCUGGAUAACUUCUCGAUCUGCAGCAGCCAAUCAGAUCCCUCCUGCAUGUGUUGACAGGGUAACUGAAGUACGAGGCUUCACUGACGCCCAGAAGGAGGAGUACUUCAGGAGCAGGUUCAGUGAUGAUGAAGAUCUGUCCAGCAGAAUCAUCUCACACAUCAAGACAUCCAGGAGCCUCCACAUCAUGUGUCUGAUCCCGGUCUUCUGCUGGAUCACUGCCACAGUUCUGGAUCACAUGAUGAGCCCAGAGCAGAGAGGAGAGCUGCCCAAGACCCUGACUGACAUGUACUCACACUUCCUGCUGGUUCAGACAAAGAGGAAGAAGAACAAGUAUGGUGAGGGACGUGAGACAAGUCCACAUGAACUGAUGGAGGCCGACAUUGAAGUUCUUCUGAAGCUGGGGAGGCUGGCGUUUGAACAUCUGGAGGAUGGAAACAUCAUGUUCUAUAAAGAAGACCUGGAGCAGUGUGGUCUUGAUGUCACAGAGGCCUCGGUGUACUCAGGAGUUUGUACAGAGAUCUUCAAAACAGAGUGUGUGAUCCUCCAGAAAACAGUCUACUGCUUUGUUCAUCUGAGCGUUCAGGAGUUCCUGGUUGCAGUCUACAUGUUCCACUGUUUGACAAACAGGAAGAGAGGUGUAGUGAAGGCUUUCCUAAAAGAGAACAACAUCAUUUUUCAAACUCCUGAAAGCGAUGACUUAUCCCUGGAUGUCUUCCUGAGGAGUGCCAUGGAGAAAUCCCUGAAAAGUAAAAAUGGUCACCUGGACCUGUUUGUUCGCUUCCUUCAUGGCCUCUCUCUGGAGUCCAACGAGAGACUCUUAAGAGGCCUGCUGGGUCGGAGAGACAACAGUCCAGAAAUGAUCCAGAGAGUCAUCAACCACCUGAAGGAGAUGAACAGUGAUGAUAUCUCUCCUGACAGAAGCAUCAACAUCUUUCACUGUCUGACGGAGAUGAACAACCUCUCAGUACAUCAGGAGAUCCAAGAGUUACUGAAGUCAGAGAACCGAUCAGACGAGAAACUCUCUGAUAUCCACUGCUCUGCUCUGGCCUACAUGCUGCAGAUGUCAGAGGCGGUUCUGGAUGAGUUGGACCUGAGGAAUUACAACACAUCAGACCAGGGACGACUGAGACUGAUUCCAACUGUGAGGAACUGCAGGAAGGCAGAGUAA